GCCUGGCAAUGCCGUUUGGGUGUGUGACUCUGGGUGACAAGAAGAACUAUAACCAGCCAUCGGAGGUGACUGACAGAUAUGAUUUGGGACAGGUCAUCAAGACUGAGGAGUUCUGUGAAAUCUUUCGGGCCAAGGACAAGACUACAGGCAAGCUGCACACUUGCAAGAAGUUUCAGAAGCGGGAUGGCCGCAAGGUGCGGAAGGCAGCCAAGAAUGAGAUCGGCAUCCUCAAGAUGGUGAAGCAUCCCAACAUCCUGCAGCUGGUAGAUGUAUUUGUGACCCGCAAAGAAUACUUCAUCUUCCUGGAGCUGGCCACGGGGAGGGAGGUGUUUGACUGGAUCCUGGACCAGGGCUACUACUCGGAACGAGACACGAGCAAUGUGGUGCGGCAGGUCCUGGAGGCUGUGGCCUACUUGCACUCACUCAAGAUUGUGCACAGGAACCUCAAGCUGGAGAACCUGGUUUACUACAACCGGCUGAAGAACUCCAAGAUUGUCAUCAGCGACUUCCACCUGGCUAAGCUAGAGAAUGGCCUCAUCAAGGAGCCUUGUGGGACCCCUGAGUAUCUAGGCAAGCAGGGAUGGGACAGGGGCAGGUUGGGGGAGGUCAGCCUUGAGGGAAUCACUUUGGGUAGGGGGAUGUCCCUAUCUCAGGUAGUAGUUGUGGAUGGCCUGAUACUGACUAGCAUUUGGACAUUGUUUGUAGCCCCGGAGGUGGUAGGCCGGCAACGGUAUGGACGCCCUGUGGACUGCUGGGCCAUUGGUGUCAUCAUGUAUAUCCUGCUUUCAGGUAACCCACCCUUCUAUGAGGAGGUAGAAGAAGAUGACUAUGAGAACCAUGAUAAGAAUCUGUUCCGGAAGAUCCUGGCUGGCGACUAUGAGUUUGACUCUCCAUACUGGGAUGAUAUUUCUCAAGCAGCCAAAGACCUGGUCACAAGGCUGAUGGAGGUGGAGCAAGACCAGCGGAUCACUGCAGAAGAGGCCAUCUCCCAUGAAUGGAUUUCUGGCAAUGCUGCUUCUGAUAAGAACAUCAAGGAUGGUGUUUGUGCCCAGAUUGAAAAGAACUUUGCCAGGGCCAAGUGGAAGAAAGCUGUCCGAGUGACCACCCUCAUGAAACGGCUCCGGGCACCAGAGCAAUCUGGCACAGCUGCAGUGCAGUCUGGCUCAGCCACAGACACUGCCACCCCUGGGGCUGCAGGUGGGGCUGCAGCUGCAAGUGGAUCUGCCACAGAGGGUGAUGCUGCAUGUGCUACCAAGAGUGAAAAUGUGGCCUCUGCAGACCGUAGUGCCACCCCAGCCACAGAUGGCAGCACCACUCCAGCCACUGAUGGGAGUGUCACCCCAGCCACUGAUGGGAGCAUCACCCCAGCCACUGAUGGCAGUGUCACCCCAGCCACUGACAGAAGCGCUACUCCAGCCACAGAUGGGAGAGCCACACCAGCCACAGAAGAGAGCAUGGUGCCCACCACCCAAAGCAGUGUCACACCAGCUGCCAAGGCAGCUGCCACCCCUGAGCCGGCUAUGGCCCAGCCGGACAGCACAACCCUAGAGGGUGCCACAGGCCAGGCUGUACCCUCUAGUAAAGAAGGGGCUACUGGCUAUGCCCAGGAGUCUCGAAGAGAGGAGACCAGCUGAGUGGGCAGCCUGGUGGGGGAUGGGGGGCGGGCAGGAGGGUGGGAGAGUGAAUGAGGGGCUUUUCAUUGUACAUAGAGUCACUGGCAUGAUGCCCUUGCUCCCCCAAGCUCCCCAUCCUAGUGGGGCAUUCCUGGGGGCCACGGGAGAGCAGUCUUGUCUCCUGUGUGUAUGUGCGAGUGGUGGGCGGGCCAGAGGCAGGGCCAGCCCCAACCCCUGCAUGGAUACCCUGUGGCUUUUCUGUCUGUUGCUACCUUCACGAAUUUUUGUUCCUUGUGGGAUGCUGCUCUAGGGAUCUCAGGGGGUCCCUGCUCUCUUUCUCCUUCCCUUCCUGCCUCAUCAUUCACCCAGGCAGGCCCUGCAGGUUCCAUACUUUCCCAGGCCCUAAAUUGAGUGGCCUUGCCCUGAGAGCUGGUCCUCCAGCGAGGCCCUGUCAGUGGUGUUAGGCUCCUACAUAUGAAGGUGUGUACCUGUGGUAUGUGGGCUGCUUUAGGAGUAGACGCUGGCUAGUACAGAGUAUCCAAAAAUCUAGGGCAGUUUGCUUUAAAUCAAGAUUGGUCAUGUGUUGGCUGGGGGCACUAAAUGCUAGCUGUGGGGGUCCUUAGAAAUAUGAGCGAUGAUAAGAGAAUGAGUAGGAGGGUAGAAGCUUCCAUCUUUGUCCCUGGGAAGGCCCUCCUGAGACGCUUGUGUUAUUUCUUGCCCUCUUGAGUCCUGCAGUGGGUUGCCCUGUACCCUGAACCUCUUGGGCCUCUACGGGAAAGGAGAAGCAAUUAGGAUGUGGCAAUGAGACCUCAUAGAACAUAGUACAGGACUAGCACCCAGUGCCCCAGCCUAGCUGGAUCCUUACCAUGGGCUAAACAGGGAGGGCUGAUGUCCCCAUUCUCUUUCUGUAUGCUAACCCUGCACAGGCUCAGCCCAUAAAUCUUCUCUAUCCCAGGGGGGCUGCUGAUUGGUGGUAAUCCUUAGUAUGAUCUGGGGGUUUGCCCUUCAGAGGGGUGGAUUUUCUGCUCUCAGUUUAACAAGAACAUGGAGAAGAUCCUUCUCUGUUUUUACUCUUGCUACUGUUAGAGGCCUAGGAGCCUCUGAGCCAUGUUAAGUUGCUUUUGCUGGGAUGAAGAAGUAUAAGACUCCCUAGUACCCUGAGGGAGGUUCCUGACAGGUGCCCUUUGUCAGACACUACCACAGCCUGGACAGGCAACCAUACUGGUCCUCGCCCUUGCUUGGCAUUCCAUGGUGGUCCUGCCGUUCUCCUUGCAUGCCUGUGGGUCUGCUCUGGUACGUGAAGGUUGGUGGGCUAAUUGUGUGCCUGCUGAACCUGGCAAAUAAACGUCACCCUGCAAAGCCU